AUGCUUUCAAAGAGAUUAUUUUCCACUUCUUCAAGACAAUUGACAAAGGUUGCCGUUUCCAAAUUGGGCAAUGGCAUCACCGUCAUCACAAAACCUUCCUCUGGUAAACAGGCUGUUGGUGUCUACUUGAAUUCCGGGUCCAGAGCGGAAAACGCUUACAACUCGGGUAUCUCCACCUUGUUGGGUAACUUGGUCACCAGUUCAAAGUCUUCCAAGGACGCCCUAGUCAAUGAAGGUGUCAAAUACUAUUCCUCCAAUGCAAAGGAAGUCACCGGUCUCUUGUCCGCUACUUACCCUAGGGGUAACUCAAAGGGCGCUCUCUCGGCAAUUAAAAACACCUUGGAAUCUCUCGAAUCAAUUGUCUCUGAUGAAGUGGUUCUAGGUGAACAAAAGGAAAAGUCGAUUGCCCUCACUGAAGCUUUUGAAAACUCACCAAAAGAUAUGGUCAUUGAACACAUGAUUGGUACUGCUUUCCAAGGCACAACUCUUGGUUUACCUAAAUACGGUAAGGCAGAAACCAUUGAGGUUUUGCAAUCCUUGGACUUGAAGAACUACUUAUCAAAGAAUCUCGUUUCUUCUAACAUUGCAAUCGUCUCCGUUGGUGAUGAAAUCAACCAUGAAUCUUUGGCAAAAUUUGCUUCUCAACUACCUUCCAUCAAUAGUGGUGCAAAGGCAGAUUUCCCUGAAACUUCCUUUUUAGGUUCCGAUAUUAGAUUAAGAGAUGACACUUUACCUCAAGCACAUGCUGCAAUCUCUGUUUUGACCCCUGGUUUACACGACACUCAUGCCUACUACACCGGUUUGGUUGCAGCUCAAAUCAAUGGUUCUUAUGAAGGUGUUGCUUCUCCUUUCUCCCCAUUUGUUGGCUCGACUUUGGCUCAAUUAUUGGAGGAAAACCACUUGAUUGAUUCCUUUGACCACUUCCAGUUGGCUUACUCCGAUGUUGGUUUAUGGGGUGGUUACUUUGCAUCCCAUAAUGUUGGCUGUUAUGAUGAAACCAUUCAUUUCGCCCUAAAGAACUGGAACAGAUUCUCUACUGGUACUGUCAAUGAAAUUGAAUUUGCAAAGGCUAAGGCUGAACUCAAGUUGAGACUAUUAAAGGCUCCUGCUUGUCCAGUCCAACACUCUGAAUCAUUGGCUACAAAGGCCUUUGCUUUAGGCUACGUUCCUUCAGAAGAAGAAAUUUCUUCAAAUGUUGACUCUGUCACCUCUUCUGCAAUUUCAAAAUGGGCUCAGAAGUACUUGUAUGACCAAGACAUUGCUAUUGCAGGUAACGGUCAAAUUGAAGCAUUGUUUGACUACAAUAGAAUCAGAAACGACAUGUCCACUUUGAGAUGGUAG